CUGUACUCAUUCGUCUUAUUCGAUACCACGACCAAACUACUCUUUCGUUUUAGUUUUUCUGUUAACGCUUUUAUUUAUUUUUUUUUCGCUACGACUUUAAAUAAGCUUUAAUUAUUUAAUUUUAAUGCUUAACGUGUACACACAACUGUGUUCGAUUCAAAGUGCCUUAUAAGCUGUUCGCAAACAGCUUGAAAAUAUAAAACAACAACCAACAAAACCCAAUUGUGUAAUUUACAUGCAAAUGUCGUUGGUACCUGCUGGCCAACAACAAAACCAACAACAGUUUAGUCAAAGCCAACAGCGCAGCAGCAGCCGCAGCAGCGUGUCUUAGUCUCAUACACAACGGCACGGAAAUGCCACUGAAAUUCUUUAAAAAAUGUCGACAAUAUAAUGUGACGUCCAAAAAUCUAUUUGUUAUAAAUGUGCAUCAUUUGCUAGACGUCUCGAGCACAGUUGACUGCACCAUCAGCUCGGAGAGCAAGGGUCAGGAUUGCUUGGAUAACGUAUGCCAGCGGCUCUACAUCCAGCAGCCCGAAUUCUUCGGGCUACGCUAUUUGGUCAAGGACAAGGAGGAUGAAUACAAAUGGCUGGAUCUGGAGCGUUCGCUCAGUCGCCAGCUGCUCAAAUAUGCGGCCGAUAGUAAAAUGUAUCUGCGCGUGCGACACUAUGUAACGACCGGCGUGAGGCAUCUGAACGACGAGGCGACGCGCUUCUACUACUUUCUGCAGCUGAAGAGCGACAUCUACGAGGGGCGCAUUGCCUGCGACAUACGCACGGCCAUACUGUUGGCGCUCUACUGUCGCCAAGGCGAGUACGACAGCUAUCAGAGCGACAAGCAGUCGAAGGACUAUCUCAAGAAGUCUCUGGUGCUGCCGCGCAAUAUGCAGGGGCUGGCCAACGACGACAGCAUGCUGGAGGGCUUGAUCAUGGAGGUGUUGCAGCAGCACGCGGGCAUCGCCCAUCUCAAUCAAAGUCAGGCGGAGGAGAUGUACAUACAAUGCUGCCAGCAGCUGGACGGCUAUGGCGAGGAGCGUUUCGCAGCCAAGGAUACGCUGGGCAACGACCUGUUGCUCGGGCUGGCCAUCAAUGGCAUGGUCGUCAAUGCGGACAACGGCAGGCAGUAUUUCCCGUGGAAAGAGUUCCACACGGUGACCAUUGACAAGCGCACCAUUAAGAUCGAGCAGAAUAAGUUGGACGGCGAUGGCAGCAUUGUGGGCAGCUUCAUCUUCAGCGAGGCGGAUAUUGCACGCUAUUUCUGGAAGCUGUGCAUCAUGCAGCACAAGUUCUUCAAGCGUUACAUUGACACGGACACGCCCUCCAGCCUGGGCAGCAGCGUGGGCGCCGACAUGGAGAGCAAUAAUGGGAAUACCUUGGGCGGCGACAGUGUGGGCUAUGUGGAAUAUGAUUACGUGGCUGCUGCGGAGCAGCAACAGCAGCAACAACAGCAGCAGCAACAUCAACAGCAGCAACAACAGCAGCAGCAGCAGCAGCUGCAACAGCAGCAGCAGCAGCAGCAGCAACAACAACAGUUGCAACACCAACAGCAACAGCAGCUGCUCUCGUCGAACAUUUCGCUAGCGGCCAGCCAUAGUCACAGCCAGUUGCUGGGCCAAAGCAGCAGCUGCUUGGAUCUGAGCAACAACAAUUUGCACAGCAGCAACAGCAUGCUGCACCACAACAACAACAACAACAACGGCGGCAGCAACACGGACACCCACGAACGUGAACGCCUGAAGGCCAUGCUGCCAACCUAUCGUCCCGCACCGGACUACGAGACUGCUGUACAGCUCAAAUAUCGCACGCCCUCCGCUGAUUUGCACAACGUGGCGCUGGCGUUGGCUACGCCGGGCAAUGCCGCUGCCUACUAUGCCGGCUCGCAGCCGGAUGUCCACAAUGCAGCGGUUUACGGCGAGAAUCUGCUGUUUGGCCAUCAUUUGACGGCGGCUCAUCGCUAUCCGGAUGUGGCACAGCCGGCGGCUGCGUUGCAUGCGCAUCAUCAUCAUCUGAACUUCUAUCAGACGCAGCAGCAGCAGCAACAGCAGCAGCAGCCGCCGGCUACAUACUUGGAGCUGUCGCAGCGGAUGCAUAUGAUGCGGCAUAAGGCGCCGCCUCCCUAUCCUGUGAAUCGCUUGAGCUCCUCGUCCACGCCGGAUUUGGCUGUGGCCACGCCACGGCCGCUGCAGGGUUAUCGCAACUACGUGUCAGGCUCAUCGCCCGAUCUGGUGUCCAAUCGCACUCUGCUCAAUGGCGGCCAAUUUGUGGCGUUGACCGCCGCCGGUGGGGUGCAUGGCAAUGUGCCCACCUCGUCGGGUGCCACCAUGCUGCAUCAGUAUCCGUACAUCAGCCAUAUGGGUCACUCGCAGCCGUAUCUGCCGCCGCACGGCACGUUCGAGAACCUCAACAUGAUCGAGGAGCAGCCGUCCAUAAUGUCCCAGCUGCGCCAGUCGGCGAUGAGUCAAGCCGCAGCCGCUGCAGCAGCUGUGCAGAGCUCACCCACUUUGCCGCCCAGUGGCUAUCGCAGCUCGGCACCGCCGCCUGCUAGUAGUCCGCAGCCAGUGGCUACGACGCCAACUCCGUUGCAGCGCAGCGGCAUGAAUGGUUCCAUUGAGCCCAUCUAUGAGAAUGUGCCACUGCCGCAACGAGCCAGCGGUGGCAGCAGCAGCGGCAAUGCCAAUGCAGAUGCCAUGCGUCAACGCGCCUCUUCCAUACAGUCAGCGCCGCCGGGCGUGGCGCCUGUGCCGGCUGCACGGCAUGCCAACACGAAAUCCUCCGCCACCAGCAACAAUAAUGUGGUUACGGUGACUGUCAACGCACAGCCGGACGAUGAGAUUACCAGAAAUAUUAAGAAAUACGCGGGCGCUGAUCGUGCAGCCAGCACGGAGCUGCAGUUCUUGGAGCCGCAGGCGCCGCAACGGACGGCACGUGCCGCCAGCGCAGCGCCCGCAAUUGGAGCGACAGCGCCGCCGCGCCAACACCGCUCGACGGCCAGCCUGAACAAGUCCACGGUGGAUGUGAUUUCGCCGGCGGGCGACUCGUUGCUGCAGCAGCAAUUUAGUGCCAUGAAUCUGUCUGCCAAUACGUCUGCGUCCACAUCAUCGAUGUUCAACUCGACGCUGGACACCACCGGCUCGUCGUCGGCCAGCAAAGAUGUGAAGCGUCGUCGACGUUGGAACAUUUUGUCGCGCAGUAAAACGCCCGACAAACCAAAGUCCGCCACGCUGGGCCGCGAGAAGGCCAGCAGCUCGGCAGCGCAGCAAGCCAAGCUGGCAACGAAAAUGAAAUUAGCCCAGGAUGAUCUCAAUCUCAAUCCGCAUCGUUGGUCGACAGGCGUUAGCAAGCCACAGCCCAUAUCGGGGCAGUAUUCAAAGGAUAAAUUGUGCCAGAUUUUAAAUGAUAAACUACAGGACUCACAGCUCUUUAUGGAGUUCGAACGCAUACCGAAGAGACGCGAGCAUCCGCAAUACGCUUGUGCGUUGCUCGAAGAGAACAAGCUGAAGAAUCAUGAUCCCAACUUUCUGCCAUACGAUGAUAAUCGCGUGCGUCUAACGCCAUCGAUGGAUAAUCGCCUUGGCUAUGUGAAUGCCUCAUACAUAUCGGCCACCGUUGGCACUAAGCAGCGUUUCUACAUUGUCGCCCAAUCACCCCAGGAGUCGCAAACAAUGCGUAUCUUCUGGCAAUGCGUGUGGGAGGCAGAUGUGUAUUUGGUGGUGCAGCUAACGGAAGAUAUGAGCUAUAUACCGCUCAGCAGUCAACAGUAUAUGGAGUUUGGACAUUUCCAGGUUUAUCAGGAAUUCUCACAUACUACAGACCGUUGCACCACCAGCAAGCUGCGUCUGUAUCAUGUACCGUCGCGUCGCUAUCGCUCUGUGUGGCAUCUAAAAUACGCCGAUUGGGCGGAGCAGAAUUGUCCACGUGAUGUCAAUCAUUUCCUAGACUUUCUCGAGGAGCUCAAUUCGGUUCGAUUGGCCUCAACGGACGAGGUGCCACCGGGUCACAAUACAAAUCCCCCAGUGCUCAUACACUGUCUGGAGGGAGGCGGCCGAUCGGGUGUGACGCUGACAGCUGAUCUACUGCUCUACACACUGGAUCACAAUGAGGACUUGGACAUACCGCGCGUCAUAGGACAGCUGCGGCAUCAGCGGGACAGCAUUAUACCAUCGCUAGCGCAGUAUAAGUUCAUCUAUAAUCUGCUCAUCACCUAUCUGAAACGCACGCGUUUAAUUUAAAUGGAAGUGGAAGCGGAAGCGAACAGCAUCUAAUUCCCAACACUGGGCUCACCCUAGCUCUAAAUAGUAUUUCAUAUUUAAGCCUUUAACCUAUGAGUAACGAGAGAAAGAGAAACGAACAACUUUUUGGUAACCACAAAGACUUGGUUUCAUAUACUUCAUCAAUUAUCCUAAGUACCAUACGACUGUUCUUCCAAAUGCGGCAGCUAUAUACCACCACCACCAUAUACGAUCAUGAUAAUUGUGAUCCUAAAUUUGUAUAUUUAAGAGUUCGAGAAUUUGUUACCAACAUUUAAGCGCUCCACCCAAUACAAAACGAAUUUUGUGUUAAUCAUAGUGCUUAGGUUUAAAGCCAAAUUAUUUAUACACAUUUUUUAAUAAACCAAUUGAUAUGCAUUACGCAACGC